GAGACCAUCCCGGAGCUGGUGGACACUCCUGUGGGUGCGGGCAACUUCUGAAAGAUUAUUUUCCUGCAAGAUUAUUUCCUCUUUUUGUCAUUUUUUUUUGCAGCAGCAUCCAAAGCGGCCGGCUGAGGGAGGAGAUGCGGUAAUAUCAUGAGCAUAGCCGGCCAGGGAGAGAGACAGAGAGACAGAGAGAGAAGGAGGGAGGGAGGAAGAGGAGGAGAGGCGGGGAGUGUGCUAGCAGCAGGCCAGCUGAGGAUGCUUGUUGUUUCUAGAAGCAGGAUCCAUCAGCGGGCCGAGCGCUGAUCUUCCCCCGGCGCAUCGAGCUCCUCUCCCCGCUGCAGCAGCUGUCCUGGCCGGGGGGCGCAUCCUCCUGUCUGGCCCGGUGGACCCGAGGCUGCUUCUUUUUUUUUUUUUUUCAUGCUCUCCCCCCUCUUCCUCUAUUUCCUGAUGCAGGGCCGGGGAGGGGUGAGCCAAAGUGUGCACCGGAUAUUGGAAAACCCAUUCUUCUUGCUGAUGCUGUUGUGAUAAUAGAUUAUUAUCUGGACCACGCCGCAUCUGCACACAUCCGAAACCAAACGAGGCCUGGUUUGAGAAGAAAAAAGGAGGAAUGUGUGAGCUUGGAAGGAUUAUGAAAACAUUUUUGGACGGUAGCAGCAGCAGCAGCAGCAGCAGCAGCGAGGAGGGGGUCCCUGAUAUCGAUCAGAGCAUGGAUCCAAUCAGGGCAUUCUGACUUGGGAUAUUUGAGACUCUUAUUGCUCUUAUAGAAAUCAAUCUGUGACAAAUGUAGCCUUCCUGUCCAGGUCUGAAUGAGAGCUUUCUUUUCUGCUCCACUUUUGGCCAGCUGCAUAAGCUCCAUAGGAUCAAUCAGCUUUAAACUACUGUUAUUUAUAGCAGGGGGCUGCUUUGGCACCAGUCAAACCUCACGUCCUCCUCCUCCUCAUCUUUUCUACCUUCCCUCUAAAUAAUGAUGCUGCUGCAGUGACACAGACACAAACCGAGACUGGGAUCUACUUUAUCCCAGGCCUUAGAGUAGAGUUCUCACUCCCAGCACGGACCUGGCCGCAUGACAAACCAGUAAGUGCAUGGGAGUAGCCUGCAGGGCCCGGCUUUAGAUCACGACCAGUCCUCCGCACCUCUCCUCCUGUGAUGUGCGUUACGGCAUUACGCACGGAGCAGGAGCGACCAGUAUCUUGAUCUGCCUUAUAUCAGGAAUCAAAUAUCACCUCCUCGGGAAGGAUGAGCAGCAAGGAGCUGACGGUGGGCCAGUCCAGCCAGUAUGUGGGCCCCUACCGGCUGGAGAAGACCCUCGGGAAGGGACAGACAGGACUGGUGAAGCUGGGUGUCCACUGUAUUACAGGACAGAAGGUGGCCAUAAAGAUUGUCAACAGGGAGAAACUCUCUGAAUCCGUUCUAAUGAAGGUGGAGAGAGAAAUAGCUAUUCUUAAACUAAUAGAGCACCCUCACGUUCUGAAGCUGCAUGAUGUCUAUGAGAAUAACAAAUACCUGUACCUGGUUUUGGAGCAUGUGUCCGGCGGAGAGUUAUUUGACUACCUGGUGAAGAAGGGCAGGCUGACCCCCAAAGAGGCCAGGAAAUUCUUUAGACAAAUCAUCUCCGCCCUUGACUUCUGCCACAGUCACUCCAUAUGUCACAGAGACCUGAAGCCGGAGAAUCUUCUCCUGGAUGAGAAGAAUAACAUCAGGAUAGCAGACUUCGGCAUGGCCUCGCUACAAGUUGGAGACAGCCUGUUGGAAACCAGUUGUGGAUCUCCACAUUAUGCUUGCCCAGAGGUCAUAAGGGGGGAGAAGUACGAUGGUCGCAGAGCAGAUGUUUGGAGCUGUGGAGUCAUUCUCUUUGCUCUUCUAGUGGGUGCCUUGCCCUUUGACCAUGAUAACCUGCGGCAGCUUCUUGAAAAAGUGAAGAGUGGGGUAUUCCACAUGCCCCACUUUAUACCUCCUGACUGCCAAGCUUUGCUUAAAGGAAUGAUAGAAGUCAACUCUGAUAAGAGACUCACGCUAGAAGCAAUACAGAAACACGCCUGGUACCAGGGUGGUCGUAACGAGCCUUGCCCAGAGCAGCCUCCUCCUCGUCGGGUGUGUGUGAAGAGGAUCCUGUCCCUAACAGACCUGGAUCCUGAUGUCCUGGAGAGCAUGUACUCCUUAGGGUGCUUCAGAGACCGGGUCAAACUCACACAGGACCUUACAAGUGAGGAGGAGAACCAGGAAAAGAUGAUCUACUACCUCCUGUUGGACAGGAAGGAGCGGUACCCCAGCUGUGAAGAUGAGGAUUUGCCGCCCAGAAACGACCUAGACCCUCCCAGAAAGCGCGUGGACUCCCCGAUGCUCACGCGUCACGGCCGAUGUCGUCCAGAGAGGAAGAGCCUGGAGGUCCUCAGUGUCACAGACCAGGGGUCUCCCACCCCACCUCGCAGGGCCCUGGACACCAAUGCACACAGCCAGAGGUCUCGUUCGGUCAGUGGAGCGUCCACGGGUCUGUCCUCCAGUCCUCUCAGCAGUCCCAGGAGCCCGGUCUUCACUUUCAGCCAUUCAGAAGUCACCUCCGCUUCCUCCUCCAAAGACCCCAAAGCAGGAAGUACCACCACCACCUCCCGGCCCACCCGACCACCACCCGACCCCAAAACACAGACCCUGCCCUCAAAGGGCCAAACCGACCGGCCCCACCUCCACUCCAUGAAGUCCCUCCCCCUCCAGACUCCUCGCUCCCCCUCCCCGUCCCCCUCCCCACUCCUCUCCCCCUCACGCUUCUUCAACUUCCCUUCUCCGUCUGUCUUCAAGUCCAAGAACGUCCACUCGUCCUCUAACUCCUCUGCCACCCCUCCCCCUGUGUCGCAGGUCACGCCGCAGGGCUCACCGCUGCCCACCCCUCUGGGCACGCCUGUGCACCAAAUCCAACACCCUUCCUCCACCACCCCUCCCUCCUCUUCCUCCUCGUCUUCUUCUUCCAGAGCGGACGGAGCUGGCGGCGCCUCGCUGUCGCUGACGCCGCCCUCCAGCCCGGGGGGCAGCGGGGGCAUGGCCGCCUCGAGCUCCGCCCACUGGAGAACAAGACUCAACUCGUUCAAAAACAACCUCCUGGGCUCGCCACGGUUCCACCGGCGCAAACUGCAAGUCCCCACAUCAGAGGACAUGUCCAGUUUGACUCCAGAGUCGAGUCCAGAACUGGCUAAGAAGUCGUGGUUCGGUAACUUCAUCAGUCUGGAGAAAGAGGAGCAGAUCUUUGUUAUAAUUCGAGACAAGCCACUCAGCUCCAUCAAGGCUGACAUCGUCCAUGCCUUUCUCUCAAUCCCGUCCCUCAGCCACAGUGUGGUGUCUCAAAACAGUUUCCGGGCAGAGUACAAGUCCUCCGGUGGCCCCUCUGUCUUCCAGAAGCCUGUCAAGUUCCAAGUGGACAUCGCUUUCUCUGAGGGAGAGAGGGAGCGAGAGAGGGAACGAGCAGAGAGGGAAGGAAGGCGAGAGAUGGGAAUCUUCAGCGUCACCUUCACUUUAAUAACAGGUCCCAGUCGCAGAUUUAAGAGAGUGGUGGAAACAAUUCAGGCUCAGCUCCUGAGUACUCAUGAUCAGCCUUCUGUGCAGGCACUGGCUGGCCCCGUAGAUGAGAAGAACGGCCAGCUUUCCCGCCAGCCCAGCACUCCUUCGCGUCAGAACUCCCGGCGUUCCGAAAGCGGGUCCGAACGGGAUCGGGGAGAGAAGGAGCGGUCGGCGGACGGCGGGAGCGGCGGGAGCUGCAGCGGGACCACCUUACAAAGGCGAGGCUCGGGAAAAGACAAGACCAGACUCCUCUCGUCGUCCAAUGGGACGCAGUCUCAUCCCUAAAAAGAAUGUUGUGGAAGAGAGGCGAGGGUCAUCUGCCUGGCCUUUUUUCUCUUCCUUCCCUCAAUCCUUCCCACAUUCUUUCCUUCCCUAUUUCCCUACUUCCUGCCUUGCUUCCUACCAUUAUUCCAAAGCAAUGGGAUGGGAGAAGUUUUUCCUUGAAGCUGAUCUUGGGAUAUGACGGAAAAUUCCCCACAAAUGGCUAAUUCUAGCAGAAAAUGUAUACUCGUAAGGGGUGGCGGAGGCGAAUUGAGCUGAUCUCUGAUCAGCCUUCAAGGGGCAGCUUCACCCCGAAGGGAUGAGCCCGAAGACAGGAUGUCCGAAAAAAGUCCCACUUUGCCAGAAAAAUACAGGAAAGGUCACAGCCAGGGAAACGUAUUGUUCAUCCGGUUUGACGAAUCAAGAAAGCACAUGACCUUCGCACCAACCAAUCACAUGCAACACAUGGUUCAAAUCCAACAGGAAAUCAACACCAGUCACUCAAAAUGGCACAGGAAGAUACUGGCCAAUCAGAGGGCCCCUUCAGUCACUUUUCAUCUUUUUCUGACCAGCCAACUGUCACCUGGAUCAUCAAGUCUACUCAACACCACCUGACCCAACAUGUUAUGCAGAAGGACGCAGGUUGAUGCCAAAGCUGCAACUAAAGCCUCAGCCUUUUCUGCCUCUCUGAAAGGAGAGAUUGAGGGAGGGAAGAGAGAGGCAGGUGGAGAAAAACUACAUACUUUUCACAAGAGGGAAAAAGAGAAAGCAAGAAAGAAAAAGAACUUUUGAGUGUCGGUUGUCCUAAAAACACUGCAUACCUACAUACUGCCUGGAGGGUGGAGAGGGAAAAUGAAGCCACACAUAAAGAAUGAAGUAAAGCUUGUUUUUUUUGUUUUUUUACAUUCCACACCUUAUUUUCUACUCUGCUCCUGCAGUAAUGUGUUUUUCUAAUGUUUUUGUGUUCACCGCCAGCAAAAUAGAAGGUGGCGCCAACCAUGUGAAUGUCAGAAACUCUUUUGAAAUUAAUGCAAAAGUGUUAACAUAUUUUGGUCCGCAUAUUUAUUGAAAAUGUAUUUAUUUAUUUAUCUAUUUAUUUAUUUAUUUAUUUGCUAUGUGUUUGUUGAAAGUGUGAUUUGUUUAUCAUGAAUGGAAAAGAAAGGGAGAUGGGUAAAGAAAGGGAAAUGUCACUUUCAAGAUUUCGAACAAACCAGCUUUCCCUGAGAAAAACCUCAAAAAAACAACUCCUCUCCUUUUUCUUUCACAUUCUGAAAAUGUUCUGCAAAAAAUACCUUCCAGCUUUACAUUGUGUUUCAGUUGUUUUUCUGUUCAUUUGUUGCCAGCCAUAAUUGUUCACAUUUUACGAUGCUAGACAAACAUUACACACACACACAGCCGGACACUAAAUAUUUAUCAGUGCUGAGUUACUCACUUAUAUUUGUUUAGUUCAUUUUAUUCAGUCACACCUUUGGCUAAAGAGAGCAGGAUGCUAAGCUGCUAAAGUUGGUACAGCAUUAGAUCAAAUACAUGUAUGGGUCCACCAGUUUAAUGCAAACAGAAAUAUCUAAAUUCAUGAUCCCCAGAGAAUGUACCCUUAUAACUUGAUGAUCCUCUGAAUUUUCAUCUAGCACAAUUAUCAGGUCAAAAUUUUCCAAUACUGGCGAAAUAACUGCAAAACUAACAUUGCCAUCAGACCUAGCUGUACGACUGGGGAACGUGUUUGAGGUAACUUACAAAUGUUAUGAUGCUAACAAGCAUGUGACGCCAUUUAUACUACAAUUAAGGGUCUCCAUCGUCAUUCUAUGCAUACGUAUGGCUUGUUCCACACUCCACACUCUAUUCCAGCUGGUAAUUUUCCUCUCUCGUAAGCACAUAAACUGUUAAAAAAAAUAAUGGAUGUAUUGGAACUAGCGACUGAAAAACAAGGAGAAUGUUUACUUAUAAAUCAAGAUAGAAUUGGGGCCUUUUCCUACUGGCAUGUACAACUUCUUUUUGCAACUAAUUGAGUCGCCCCCUGCUGGCCAUGAGAAAGAAUACAGCGUUAAGGCAUUUUCCACAAUGGCCUCACAUUCAGGCCUAGAGGUUGCUGCACUGCAAAAAAAGAAAAGUUGGGUGAACUCAAAAUUUCAAGGCAACAAACUUCGAUAAAAUUUUAAGUUGGACAAUUAAACUAAAUAUUUUAAGUUUUGUUUUUGAGUUUGCUCAACUCUGAAUUUCUCUGGCACGAUUGUAACGCCGCUAUGAAUGUCAGCUAAUGUUGUGACCACAAUUUUGAGUUAGCAUUGAUACGCUAAUGGCUACUCUUGUGGCUGUAACAAGCAGCGCAGCUAGCAUCAGUUAGCCGCUAGCAUCAGUUAGCUGCUAGCAUCAGUUAGCCGCUAGCAUCAGUUAGCUGCUAGCAUCAGUUGGCCGCUAGCAUCAGUUAGCCGCUAGCAUCAGUUAGCCAUUAGCUUUCGCUAAUGACCGAAUUUCCCAACAAAGAAAUAAGAGUUAUCAGAACUAUUGUCCCUUGUUGUGAACCCCAACUUAAAGAUAUAAGUAACAACAACUCACCAACUUGUUUUUGAGCAGACAACUGGCUUCCUUUGUUGUGCUAACUUACAUUAUUGCCCUAAAUGUCAAUAAUUUAUAUUUCCAAGUUUUACCAACUUAAAUCACUGUUUUAGGCCAAAAAAUACAAGUCGGCUUUUUUUGCAGUGUGCUUGCCAAAGCUUUUGUGCAAUUUAUCACCAGGAGUGAGAGUGUGGAACUGGCUAUCCGUGUGAUCCCUUUCUCUAGGCUGCAGCCAUACACCUGCAUAGGAGUAGAUGAUGGUUUAUACAAAGUGGACCCUCAGACUCAGAGAGUCAGGAAGUAUAGAGAGGUGAAGUCCCUCCCCUUCCGAUGUCCUGCAUGGGAACUUACCUCGGAAAAAUGGCGAGUGGCGAGAGACAAGUUAUUUUUAGAUCCCAACUGAAUUGUGUCAAGAAUUAUCAAUACUAUGUUUGUCAUCUUAAGAGUCUUGUAAGUCAAGAAGGUCACAGCUUGUCAUAGGUUUGAGUUUGUAGUCUUAAAAAUGAAUCUUCUUCACAGUCUUAUACUAUAAAUUGACAAACAUCCUAUGUGUAAUUAAUGCCACAAUUCAAAUUGUUGUCCCUGGACAUUGACUGACGUAGGUGACAUGUUUUUUUCUGCAUUAAGGUCCCAUGUUGCUGGAAUGGGAGGGGAGGGUUGCAACCUUUACAUAAAACUUGCUUAAAAGGUAACAGGCUAACCCUGAUAACUGCUAAAUAUCAGUUAGCAUUUAGCUCCAAGCACUGCUGUGCCUACGUACAACAUCACAGAGCUGUUAGCAUGGCUGUUAGCCUCGUAGUCUAGUUUAGAAUAUGAGAUAAUUCAUAAACAGUGACUAGUACAUGGUCAUAUUCAGUCCCUUUGAAACACGAGUUAUUCAUUCACUCCACUAAAGCUAUUA